AUGGCGGCAGGCAUCACCUACGACGGUGUUGCCAGCGCCGAGGGCGGAAACAUUUUCAAAGACGUGUCUUUCUGGGUCGCUCGUCGCGUGCCCAUGAGAGAUUCCAUCAACAACGGCGGCACUGUUGUGCCCUUGGAGAAGAAUGCGGAUAUCCUCAUCGCGGAUCACGCACGCAAAGACGCCCCCGCGGGAUCCUACUCGUGGAAGUUCGUCACUGAGUCGGUGGAAAAUGGCAUCAUCCAGAUCAAAGACCGCUAUCGCAUCGGUCCGGAUCCAGAUCUCCCAAGGACUGUUGGCUCGACGGAUCGCCCAGGGAAAGCCACGAGAACCCGCUUCACCCAUUCCGAAGACGUUGCCCUCGUCAAGUGGGUGCUUCGCCACGGCGAACACUUCGCUGGCAACAAGAUUUAUCAGGAAUUUGAGCGAGCCAAUCCGCGGCACACGUGGCAGUCCUGGAGAGAUCGGUUCACCAAGAUGCUACAGCCCAGAGGACAAGCCCACCUCGACGAGCUGGCGCGCGAAGCCACUCCCGAACCUGCUGUGCCGGCUGAGGAGGCCCAAAGAGCCCCAAGCGAAGCAGCCGGAGACGCGCAGAAUUCUGCACAUCAGAAGGCGUCGCGGGCCACCCCAAAAAGCCCCGCCCAGAGCAAACGGAAUCAGGCAGGCAGCCACAAGCAGGAUCCCCGAUCGUCUGUUGCCACCCGCGCUUCGGAAACAAGCCGCGAGCCCUCGACCUCGCCCACCACUACACCUGCAAAGUCUGCUCUCGCACAUACUCCAGAGAAGCCAGAGGAGCCAGAGCCGCCCUCGCCCAUCGCCGACACGAGCGAGGAAGACGAGAUGGACACCAUGGCGAGGAUUUUCAUCAACGACAUCCUCACGUACGGAGAAGAGGUCGGCAAAGACAUCGAUCUGGCGACUCGGAUCGGCGAGAAGAUUGUGGGCCUGUGGGAGCUCAGCCAGGCCGUCGAAGCGCAGAAAGUUCACCCCGAUGAGGUGGACUGGUUGAAGGUCGCCGAAGACUUGGGCUACGAUUUUGACCCAACUGGUGAGGUGCCCAAGGAGCUAUGCGACUGCUACCGGGACAACCUUGUCGACUUUCUCGAGGCCAUGGCGGAUUACGAUUCUGGCGGCGAGGAAAUAAAGUCGGGAUCGGACUUGAGCAUCGCGGCACUGCGAGCAUCUCGCUCGCCUGGACUAUUCUUGUCGCCCCCGUCCCCUUCUAAGCCAGCUUCCCACGAAACCGCGACUAAGAAGCGGACGGCCGACAUUGACCAGUCCAACUCCAGCCGCAAAGGCAAGCGCAGACGCCUGGACCCAACCGUGGAGAUACCCUCAACUCCCGAAGAAGAGCUUCAAUCUACGAAGAAACCACUUGUCUCGCAGACAGUGUCGCCAAGCAUCCGCGAAACCUUGACCGGUGGCCGGUCUCAGAGUACGAAUGGGUCGCGGCGUCUCAUGUCCCCGCCGCAUGACGAGGGCUUGACGGAAGAUGAAGAUGCGGCGUUUGAGACUCAAGUUCGUUAUCCGCCAACACUGCAGACGCAGGAAAGCUCUGUCGAAGUCACCCCGUCGCAGCAGUUGCACUCCGAGGCCAUGGAUGUCACACCGAUUCCGCUAGAUCUCCAGAAGAAAACCGGCACCAGCAAGAAGAUGCCGACCACAAGCCCCUCGCCUCCGGGCCCUCAGGUGGACAAGAAGAAGGCCAAGGCCGCCAAACGAAGACUUCCAGCCGCGUUUCGAGAGUCGGACGACACUCCCUCGGCCAACCCAACACCCAGCUCCCCCGGUCCGCAGACUGGUAGCUCUGCACAAACCCAUUCCCCAAAGGCUUCGAGCAAGGACGACCAGCUAGGAAUUCGUUACUGGGUUGACCAUUACCAGGCACUGGGAUACUCUCAUAAGAUUGUUGUCGAGGCGAUGGAUCGCACUACUUUGACCCCUGGUUUUCUUGCCGUGACGGUCAUGAACAGCCUUCGAGAUGGUCAGGGUGUGCCCAAGGACUGGGAAGGGGUGUGGACCGACCGCGACGACACCGUACUUCGACGCGUCGAUGCAUCAAAGGCGGCAGGGUCGGCGGCAAAUGCCAAGGCGAUUCGCAAAGCCCAGAAGGACGAGCAACGCCUGCGGAACAAGCAUACCGAGGAUGGCGUGGCGCUGCGCCGACAAUACUUGAAGGACAAGGACAGCAUUGAAAAGGAAUAA